AUGUCCUUUGAACUUCCCCGAAUAAUACUUAAUAAAAUCUUCCUUUAUCUUAGUAAUGGACAUGCAAAAUUACCCGACCUACAUUCAUGUCUUCUUGUGAAUAAAAAUUGGUCUAAUGAAGCUGUAAGAUUGCUUUGGUCAAAACCUUUUUAUUACACCAAUCAUGCUUCUCUGUUAAAAAUUAUUGAUGUAUAUUUGAACUGUCUUUAUGAAAAUGAUAGAGAAGAAUUGAUUGAAGUUUAUAAAUUCCCUUUAAAUGUUGACUUUCGAAAACCAUAUUAUCCUUACGCAUCAUACCACAGGCACAUUUAUUAUCGUACACUAAUUUCUUUAGUAGAUCGAUGGUGCGGAACAUAUUCACCUAGUGGUUCAAAAAAUCCAUGGUUUUAUGUUUUAAUGAAAAAAUUAAUAAAAUUAUUCGAAAAGAAUUCUGAAAUUUUGGAGAGAAAAUUGCAACGAACUUUAUAUCUUAUUGAAACAGACCAGGGUGUCGGAUUUGGGCCUCCUCGUAAUGUUUAUCUUAUUCAAAAGGAGGCAAUGGAAUAUAUUACUGAUAUUGAUAGAAUAUGGUUUGGUUUAUAUACAGAAACCAAUGCAUUCUUACAAGAGCUUGGCAAACGGUAUACGAAUGUGGAACAUUUUGGUGUUUUUAUGCAAACCACUGGAUCACAAGCUUGUCAUUCUACUGCAGUUGCCGAAUUUAUAAAACGACAAAAUAAAUUACAAACGUUUCAAAGUAUUUAUCUUUCUCCAACUUCUAGGGUCAUUAAUUCUUUGGAAUUACAAGCAAAUUCACUAAGAUUCUUAGAUUUUAUUUGUUCCAAUUUCUUUGGAUGUGCCCCUUUGGAGAGAUUAACGAAGUGCAAAAAUUUGGAAGUUCUAAGAUUUAGAUAUUGUUGUGGGUUUACCUCUGAAAUUGGAGAACCCAUAUUUACUACAACGUUCCCAAAGAUUAAAGAUGUGACCGUGCUCAAAACUGAUUGCCCUGAAUUGAUAAAAUGGGCAAAAAAGUUAAUGAAGACAAUAUAUCCGGCUUUUGUAUAUAAGGAAGAAGACACGGAGGUUGAUUACUUCGGAACAUUUAACUCUGAUCUCGAAGAUGAUACUCUAUUUGAUCUUAAUCAUGUUAAAGGAUUAAUGUUAUAUGAAUUAAUAUGCCUAAUUUGUUUAAAAUUAUGUACACAUCCAGUAACAACUUCUUGUGGACACACAUUUUGUAACGAGUGUUUAACAAAUUACAUGACUAAGAAUGAAGAGUUAAUUCAUGAAGACGAAGGUAAUACUCCUGAAAAUUCAACUUAUUUUUGGGGUAAACAACUUGAGGAUGGAUAA